UCCCCGGGGCCGCGGCGCCCUGAGGGGCCGGCACCGCGCAAGGGCCGGCUGGGCACCCACCCCUACUUCUCGGACAGCCGCCACUUCGGCCGCGAGCGCUUCGGGGAGUGCGGCUCCGACUACGGCCGGGGCAAGCGCGAUGAGUACGGCUUCGACGAGAGGGGCCACGAGGCCGAGCACCACUACCGGGGCGGCCGCGAGGAGCACUACGACAGGCACCGGGACAGCUGGAGCUACGAGUACCGCAGGGAGAGCUACAGAGAGGCCAAGUGGCACUCGGCGCGGCAUUGAUGGACUCGAGGGCAAAGCAAAUGUGACCUGUUUCUCACUGAGUACAUGUAUAAACCCCCGCUCCCCAAAAAAUCCACCAGUGAAGUCACCUUUUAGUGUUUGUAAAAAUACCAGCAGGGCAGUCCUGCCAAACUCUGGUCUCAGUAUUAAAUGUGUUAACUCACACUUCAGGGCUUUUCACGGGGUGAAAAUCCGUGGUGAAGUUUUGGAGAAACCACCCCUCUGUCCUUGUGUCACAGAGAAGUGAUGUUAGUGUUUUUUUAGGAGAAAGGAACAUCUGUGUCAGGUGGAAGGAUCUGGUGUUUUAAGCACAGUUGAGGUGGGACAGAUGCUGCCAGCAUCUGUAACCUCCCUCAUGUAGUGUUUUAUACAGUUGUAGAAUCACACAGUGAUCUGGGUUGAUAGGUACAUGAAGGACCACCUCACUCCAAACCCCUGCCAGAGGAAGGGAUGCCUUCCACUAGACCAGGCUGCUCAGAGCCCCACCCAGCCUGGUCUUGAACACUGCCAGUGAUGGAGUAUCCACAAUUUCCAUGGGUAACCUGUUACAGUGCCUAAGCACCCUCACAGUAAAGAAUCCUUUCCUAGUAUGUAAUCCAAACCUACUCUUUUUCAAUUUGAACCCAUUUCCCAUUGUCCAUUUAAAAUAUUACAAUGUUGUCUUGGAGAACAUUAAAAAUCUCCCUGGGGAAA